GAGUCAAAGGUCAGCCAAGCUAGUUCCGCUUCCGCUUCCGGGGUUCUGCUUGUUGUCAGCUUCAGGGGUGUCUGUGAACUCUCGAAGCCAACUCCUAGAAUUCAGGGGUCUCCCGAGGCCCACCGCUGCAGACAUGGCGGCCUCCACAGCGGCCGGAAAGCAGCGGAUUCCCAAAGUGGCCAAGGUAAAAAACAAAGCCCCGGCUGAGGUACAGAUAACUGCCGAGCAGCUCCUAAGAGAAGCGAAAGAAAGAGAACUUGAGCUUCUUCCACCUCCACCUCAACAGAAGAUCACAGAUGAAGAAGAGUUAAAUGAUUACAAACUAAGGAAACGGAAGACUUUUGAAGAUAACAUAAGGAAAAACAGGACUGUGAUUAGUAACUGGAUAAAGUACGCACAAUGGGAGGAGAGUCUAAAGGAGAUUCAGAGGGCUCGGUCCAUAUACGAGCGUGCUUUAGAUGUGGACUAUCGAAAUAUUACACUCUGGCUGAAAUACGCAGAAAUGGAAAUGAAGAAUCGCCAGGUCAACCAUGCCCGAAAUAUCUGGGACCGGGCCAUAACAACUCUCCCACGAGUCAACCAGUUCUGGUACAAGUACACGUACAUGGAGGAGAUGUUGGGAAACGUUGCUGGUGCCCGGCAGGUGUUUGAGCGCUGGAUGGAGUGGCAGCCCGAGGAGCAGGCCUGGCACUCCUACAUCAACUUUGAGCUGAGGUACAAAGAGGUGGAUCGGGCCCGCACCAUCUACGAACGAUUUGUCCUCGUACACCCUGAUGUGAAGAACUGGAUCAAGUAUGCCCGCUUUGAAGAAAAACAUGCCUAUUUUGCCCACGCACGGAAAGUGUAUGAGAGAGCUGUCGAAUUCUUUGGAGAUGAACAUAUGGAUGAACAUCUUUAUGUUGCCUUUGCCAAAUUUGAAGAAAAUCAGAAAGAAUUUGAAAGGGUACGAGUGAUCUACAAGUACGCCCUGGACAGGAUUUCAAAACAAGAAGCCCAAGAGCUCUUUAAAAAUUAUACCAUCUUUGAGAAGAAGUUUGGUGAUAGGCGGGGGAUUGAAGAUAUCAUCGUAAGCAAACGGAGAUUCCAGUAUGAAGAAGAAGUGAAGGCUAAUCCACACAAUUAUGACGCAUGGUUUGAUUAUUUACGCUUGGUGGAAAGUGACGCGGAAGCAGAAACCGUGCGAGAAGUCUAUGAAAGAGCCAUUGCCAACGUGCCGCCAAUUCAGGAGAAGAGGCACUGGAAGCGCUACAUCUACCUUUGGGUCAACUAUGCACUCUAUGAGGAGCUGGAGGCAAAGGAUCCUGAGAGAACAAGACAAGUGUAUCAAGCCUCUUUGAAACUAAUUCCUCACAAAAAGUUCACAUUUGCCAAAAUGUGGUUGCUGUAUGCACAGUUUGAAAUAAGACAGAAAAAUUUACCGUUUGCCCGAAGAGCUCUGGGGACUUCCAUAGGCAAAUGUCCAAAGAACAAAUUAUUUAAAGGCUACAUAGAAUUGGAGUUACAGCUUCGAGAAUUUGACAGAUGCCGGAAGCUUUACGAAAAGUUCCUGGAGUUUGGACCCGAAAAUUGUACCUCUUGGAUUAAAUUUGCAGAAUUAGAGGCGAUCCUUGGCGACAUUGAACGAGCCCGGGCCAUCUAUGAGCUAGCCAUCAGCCAGCCUCGCCUGGACAUGCCAGAGGUGCUUUGGAAAUCGUAUAUUGAUUUUGAAAUUGAGCAGGAAGAAACUGAAAGAACACGAAAUCUUUACCGACGAUUGCUUCAGCGGACACAACAUGUCAAGGUAUGGAUCAGUUUUGCUCAGUUUGAGUUGUCUGCAGGAAAAGAAGGAAGUUUGGCUAAAUGCAGGCAAAUUUAUGAAGAGGCUAACAAAACCAUGCGAAACUGUGAAGAGAAGGAAGAGAGACUCAUGUUGCUCGAAUCUUGGCGAAACUUUGAAGAUGAGUUUGGAACCGUAUCUGAUAAGGAGAGAGUGGACAAACUCAUGCCAGAGAAAGUCAAGAAGAGGAGAAAGGUCCAGGCCGACGAUGGGUCUGAUGCAGGCUGGGAAGAAUACUACGAUUACAUCUUUCCCGAAGAUGCUGCUAACCAGCCCAACCUCAAGCUCCUGGCGAUGGCCAAACUUUGGAAGAAGCAGCAACAGGAAAAGGAGGCUGCUGAGCAAGACCCAGAUAAGGACGUUGAUGAGAGGGAAUCCUGACUUUUUUUCAUAUUGAUAAAUGCUUCGUUUUUAUAAAUUAAUACUUUGGAACUCUUGUGACUCCUGUAAGUUCAUGUAUAUUUCACCAGUAAUGAAUUGGCUGGAGCUACUUUUUGAAUUAUUUUUAAAAUGCUCUUGGGUUAGAGUUGGGGUGGGGGGUUGCAAGUAAAGGAGUUUUUUAACUGCUGGAUUUCUUUAUCUGACUGAUGCCCAACUUUCCUAAUCAGUUUGUCCAUGUCAUGCAUUAGGAAAUCUAGUUACCAUUUAGCAUAUAUUUUAAAUGGAUUCCAGACUAUUUUAAAGAUCUUUUUCUAGCAGUUUUCAGGUUACAUUCUACACUAACUUUGAAGGUGUAGUUUUCCUAUGCUUGUGUUCUUCAUGAAGAUUUUUUUUAUGCAUUCACCUCAAAUCUGUAAUUUUUUUCUUAUCUUCAGAGUCACAGACAGUUCAGUACCCAGCUCUGCCACUUAGUAAUAUGUAAUUUAACCUUUAUUUUCCAUUUUCUCAUUUGUAAAAUGGGGCUAAUAAUUUGCCAGCUCAUUUUAUAAAUUAGAAAUCUACCUGGCACAUAGUAGGUGCAGUAAAUGUUCAUUCCCAGCCACUAUCUUACAUGUGUUAAUUCCUUAUAGAAUUGAAUGUGCUCAGAUUAACUUCUAAAUAGCCUUACUUCUUAAUAGUGGGCAGGAAUAGUCUAAGUGCUUUUUAAAACAUUACUUGAAAAAUCAUUCUCAGUGACUAUAUUUCUGAACAAGGCCUUUUUUACCAAGAACAUUUUAGUUAAAUUUCAGUUAUGCUCUGAUCAGUUUGCCAAACUGGCUGACUUUCGGUUUUUUUAAAGGACGGUAAUAAGUGUGCUGUGAGAAACGAUGUCUCUUGUUCAGAUGACUUUGAGGAACCCUGGAUUAAGGGCUGACUCUUGUUUUUCAAGUCCCUUUAUAUAGUUAGGCUUUUCAGAGCUUUUGAUACGCUACUAUGCAUUAUGAAGCUUUAGGAAAGAUAGUGCCAUAUUGUUUCCCAAAGUGACAGUGGAACUGUUUACUGGAGAGAACCCAUAAAUCACUCCCAGCAUGCCACAGGAGAAAACGCACCCGUCACACCUGACACAAUAAACUUACCCUUGGUUUAGAGCAUGUGUAAAAACACGUAAGAUAACUGUUAGAUAAUCAAACUGAAAGUAGCAAAAGAAUGAUAACAUGUUUGCUGAUAACCGUGCUCAUAUUCUCAAGCAAAAAAUACUUGCCCAAACUAGCUGCUCUGAGGUGGUGUCCUUCUGCCUGGCCUGUCUUUCUCAAGCACGCUUGCUUGUUUUGCUCACUACCCACACUGUUGAACUAGCACCUUGUUUUCAAGAAUGCUUUUUAUACAAAGAACCAGUAAUGAGCCAAUUUGUUAUUAAACUUGCAAACUUAUUUAUUUACCCAAGGGAAUAAAAGCUAGUCAAUGUUAUUAAAUUGUAAUUUAAAAAUAAGAUAGUGUUUGAGGGCAGAAUAAGAGAGAUUAGGAUAAAAGGCCAAUCUGUGCUCGCUGGACAGACAGCUGCCACUAGGUGUCAGCUCCGUUCUGACUGUUGAGUAGUGGGUCUAGUCAGUGAGGAGAAUUUGUCAUUUUAAUGCCCUUUGACUAAGUCAAGGGGUGAAAUGAAAGCAGGUCAGAAUACUAAUGUAAGUGACUGGUCAUGGAGUUUUUCUAGAGUUACCUGUUAUGUUGCAUGCGUGCACGAGAAAAAAUUACUUCUCAAGUAUUCAGUGUAAACUCCUAACAGUUUCUGACAAGUGCCAGUGUAAAACGCAUGAAGUAAAGUUAUUCUCUCACGGGAGAACCAACAGGAUUUAUUUCUCUCAGACCCUAAACUCCACCGAAGUAAGUCCUUUCAAAAGUAAAAGCUUUUUCAUAAAAAUCAUUCUUUCUGGCUUUCUCUCUAGCUGUUUCUUUCACUCACUGGGUAUUUUCAGGUAUUACAGGUGAUGAAACUACAUAUGAAAAUACAUGGCAGGCCUGUGAUCUAGUUAUAUGGCCUUUCUUUAGGGAUUAGUUCUUUUUCCCCUUUAAAAAAAAACAAAAAAAAAAGAACAGCAUGUCUGUAUU